AUGUGUCAAACAAAUGUCAAGGUUCACGACACGAGGUCACACUCUCAUCCAAACCCUGAUAAGGAGAAGAAAGUAAUGACAAGGAAGCAGAAGGCUGAGAAUGCAGAUGAUGGAGGACAUCCUCCAAAGAAGGCGAAGGCUGAAGAUGAUCACAAUGGCCAUGCCAAUGGUAAACCUCUGCCUGCUGAAUUUCAGGAACUCUAUUCUGCUGUCAAAGAGCAUUUGUCAACUGAUCAAAUGCGAGAAAUAUUAAAGACUAAUGAUCAAGACUCUUUUGGCUCGGAUGCUGCUGUUCUCUGAAAAUGCCAAGACCUGCUGUUUUAUGGACCAUUAGAUAAGUGUCGUGUCUGCAAUGGUAAGUUGGAGUUCAAUGGUAUACGAUAUUCUUGCACUGGAACUUACAGCGAGUGGGCUUCUUGUACUUUCAACACGAGGGAUCCACCAAGGAAGCAGGAACCGAUUAAGCUACCCGAGAGUGUUGAGAAGUCUCCGGAUUCAGAUUUAGUCAAGAAAUAUCAGGACCCAAAUCGCAGGCCGAAGAGGGAUUUAAGGACUCCUGAUAAGCCUUUUACUGGGAUGUUGAUUUCUCUAAUGGGACGUCUUACAAGAUCACAUAUAAUUAUUGCAGGGGUGACGUGUCUGAUUGCGUCUCCUGCGGAACGAGAACGAGGUGGCACAAAUAAACUAGUUGAAGCAAUACCAUUGGGCAUACCCGUUGUAAGUGAACAGUGGCUGAUUGACAACAUUGAAAAACAAGAACCCCAGCCUCUUGAAGCAUAUGAUAUUGUUAGUGAUCUCGCUCCUGAUAGCAAAGGAGUCCCAUGGGACAAAAUGGACCCCAGUGAGGAGGCGAUUGAGUGGCUUUCAGCAGAACUCAAGCUUUAUGGGAAGAGAGCUGUCUACAAAGACACAAAACUGCAAGAGCAAGGCGGGAAAUUUUUUGAAAGGGAUGGGAUAUUAUACAGCUGUGCAUUCUCGCGUUGUGAUCUGGGACGAAAACUGAACGAUUAUUGCAUCGUGCAGCUGAUUAUGGUGCCAGAAAUGUAUGAUGUCGAGAAAUUUGAUGGGAAAAAUAAUUUUAGCAAGUGGCAAGUUGAGGGGAAAGACAUUCUAGUCAAGGAUGGUCUUUCAGAAGCAUUAGAUGGCAAACCUCAAGGAAAGAAGGACAGCGAGUGGAUAAGCUUUGAUCAACAAGCUUGUUCCACAAUUUGGUUGUGCUUGUUGAAAGAAAUCAAGCAUAAUGUCAUGACGGAGAAGUCAGCCAAGGAGAUCUGGGAAAAACUUGAGAAGCUUUACCUAAAAAAGUCGCUCACAAAUCAGAUUAAUCUCAAGGAGUUUUACAAGUUUACCAUGGAUGAGAGUACAACUUUGCAAGACCAUCUCAAUGAAUUUAACAGAAUGUUCUCGGAACUGUUAAAUUUAGAGGUGAAUAUGAGUGAAGAAGAUAAAGUCUCAGUUCUUCUAGUAUCACUUGGUGACAACAAUAUCCUUGAUUCUGGUUGUUCCUUUCAUGUGUGUCCCAAUAAAGAUCUUUUCACCUCUUACAAAAAGGUGAAGAGGGGUACUAUUUUUACGUCAGAAAGAAAAACUUUCAAGGUGGAAGGAAUUGGAGCAGUCAAGAUCAAGACACAUGAUGGGCUGGUGAGAAUUCUUGAAGAUGUUAGAUAUGUUCCUAACUUAAGGUGGAAUCUUAUAUUAGUUGGUACACUCGACUCCAAAGGUUACAAGAUUGUAACAGAAGGUGGAGUUUUGAAGGCCGUGAUGGAUUCUCUUGUGGUGUUGCAUGGAAAUAAAGUAAAUAAUAUAUACCUUUUGCAAGGGAGUACAUUAACAGGUGGAGCUGCUAUGUGGAAGGAAAAUUCGCAUGUGGGUCUUGGAAAGAAGAUGAGUAAGUGUGGCUUGCAAAUUAGUGAGAAGAAUGGAAAUCAUAUUUACCAAAAAUAUUGUGAGGGAGCUACACAAUCGAGGGGAAAGAAAUCUGCUUUUAGAUGUGCCAUGAAGGUGAGUUCGAGGCGAGCAGUCGGUCAUGUUGGUGAUGCUAAGGAAAGUCAAGAGCGCUCUAUCCUUAAUUGUGGUGAGGAGAUGACUUUUGUUAAUCAACCGGUGGUUAGUAGGCGGUUGGAGAAGGUUGCUAGUAGUGUUGUCAAACCAUGUUCCGAGAAAGACAUCGUAAUGUUUGAAUGGAAGAAAUUGGCUGCAACAAACACAAGGCUUGAAGAAUGGAAUGAUGUGGAUGAUGCUGUGAAAGUUAGGAUAUUUGAAGAAGUAACUGGUAAUGAGUUUGAACCGUGGGAAAGGGAAAAUAAGAUCCAGAAGAAGCCUUUGAAGUUUUACCCGGUAGACAUGGCUGAAGGAGUCGAAGUAAGACAUGUAGGACUUGGCCUUCGGCAGCUGGGAGUGCCCGAGGUUGCGAAUUUUAUGAAGGUCUUGUGCAGUCAAGAGAUCUACAAAUAUGCUCUGAUGGAGAUGGGACUGGAUGCUCCAGACUUACCAAUGGGAAUGCUUACAGAUGGCCACCUAAACCGAUGUGAGGAUGUUCUUCAGGAGUUUGUGGGCAAAAUGAAAUCACUGAAGGAGUCGGGGCCAGAGGCUGAGGCUGUCUGGUCGGACUUUAGCCAGAGAUGGUUUACCCUGCUGCACUCUACUAGGCCUUUCAUAUUCAGGAACUUCCAGGAAGUUGCAGAUCAUGCUGCAGCUGCACUGGAGACUGUUCGGGACAUAACUGUGGCCUCACAUCUUAUUGGGGACAUGAGUGGAGCUACCAUUGAUGAUCCAUUGUCUGAUAGAUAUAACAAGCUGGGAUGCUCAAUCUCCCCACUUGAUAAGGAAUCAGAUGAUUACAAAAUGAUUCUGAAGUACCUGGACAAGACCUACGAACCUGUCAAAGUUGGAGAUGUUGAGUACGGGGUGUCGGUGGAGAACAUAUUUGUUGUUGAAUCGAAGGCCUGUCCGUCUUUGGAUGAAAUAAAGAAGCUGCCCAACAAAUGGAUCUUGUAGUGUGGGACACGGAGCUCAAAUCUAAUGAGGCAUUUGCAUAAGGGUUUUUUGCCUUCCAUAUGCUCCCUCCCAAUCCCAGGCUAUAUGUCUGGGAAAGGAAUUGUGUGUUCUGAUGCUGCUGCAGAAACGGCCAGGUAUGGCUAUACUGCUGUGGACAGGCCUGAAGGUUUCCUGGUUUUGGCAGUGGCUUCUCUAGGUGAUGACAUUAUUGAACUGAACAGUCCACCAGAGGAUACAGAAUCUUUAGAAGAAAAGAAAGUUGGAGUGAAGGGCAUAGGGAAAAAGAAAACUGAUGAAUCCGAGCACUUUGUAUGGCAAAACGACAUCAAAGUUCCUUGUGGACGCUUGGUGCCUACAGAUAAUAAAGAUAGCAUUCUAGAGUAUAAUGAGUAUGCUGUCUAUGAUCCAAAGCAGACGUGCAUAUGGUUUUUGGUUGGCGUGAAGUACGAGGAGAAGGAUGCUGUAAUGGACACUGAGUGACCUUGAAGAAAGAUGCUGGGAGGGAUCCAACAA